AUGUCAUUGGCAACUUCGAAGUCGGUUUUUCCUUUCAGGCUGCCAUCCAGCCUCGAUGAGAAGACAGGAAACUCGGCACAUUUGGAUGAAACCAUCAACGUCCUCCAGAGCAUGCGAUAUUUCGGCCUGGAGAAGAAGAAGCCCUGGCUCGAUGACCAUGGAAACAUCAUGUGGACGAAGACGAGGAUACGUAUUGGCCAGAUCGUGUGCAGCCAGAGGUUUGAAAGCAUCAUGGGAUUGAUCGUGGUCGGCAACCUGAUCCUUAUCAUGAUUGAAGCUGAUCGAGAUGCCCAGUGCCUCACGGAAUACAAGGCAGACGUUGCCAAUUGCCCAUACCGAAGCGAUCGAACCUUUGGGAUGCGGCUUAUGAACAUUCUCUUGCUUACCAUCUACUCUCUAGAGAUGUUCGCCCGAGUUUUUGUGGAGCGUUGGCUCUUCUUUUGCAACAAGUUCAACAUGGUUGACUUGGUCACUGUUAUGUUGGGAUGGUCGAGCGUGGCAUUUGCAGGCAUGGUUAAUCUAAGCUGGCUGCGCCUAGCCCGACUGGUUCGGGUACUUAGGGCAGUGAGGAUUUUCGUUUCCAUCCCUGAGUUCUACCUGUUGAUUACCGGCCUUUACUCGUCAUUGAAAGCUAUACUCUUUGGAUCUGCGAUGCUGCUGUCUGUUGUCGUUUUCUGGGCGGUGAUCUCGGUGGAAGUCUUGCAUCCCGUGGUGGCUCUCAUCGAAGACUUUGACGGGUGCGAUCGCUGCCCACGAAGCUUCAGCAACGUCUUUGAAGCCACCGUCACGAUUUUCCAACAGACGGUCGCCGGUGAUUCUUGGGGAGAGGUCAGUCUGAAAGUCAUCGACGCAGAGCCAUUGACCUUCAUCCUUCUAUUCGUGAUGCUGAUGACGAUUUCUCUGGGGGUGAUGAAUUUGAUCCUCGCAGUCAUUGUGGAGACAGCCGCGCAAGCUCGAGAGAAUGAUCGCGAGCGCAAGACCAAGCAGAAGGAGGAGGAGCGCGUAGCAAACAUGGUGGAGCUGGCAGUAUUUUGCGCUAACCUAGACAAAGACAACGACGGUUGCAUUGGUCUGCUGGAAUUGUCCAAUGGCUACGAGACCCCAGAGUUCAGAACAUUAAUGGAGCAUGUGGACAUAAAGAAAGACGAGAUGGAGCAAAUCUUCCGGGUGCUAGACGAUGACGAAGACGGCAGCAUGUCCUACCUGAACUUUUGCCAGAAAGUGGGGGGGUUCUUCAAGCGUGACCCGCUGAUGAUGCAAUCCAUCAUCCAGGUGUCCAUAAAGGAGCUCAAGAAGAUCAUUCACGACGAUGUUGUUGCCACGAUGAGGCAGCAGCACGAGGACCACAUGCAUGCCGUGGAUGAGAUCAUGACGGCCCUGGGCAUCCGAAGAAGGAGAAGGCAUUCUUUGGAAACCAAAGGCAGCGCCAAGAACUUCUACCGGUGGGGGCCCCCGACCAUGGCUGAUGAGAGCAAGGACGACACAGACGCGGACAUUCCUAGGCACGAAGAUCUCGCGCAGAUUGCCGCGCAGAUUGAGCAUGACAUGAAUGGACUGCUUGCCACAGCAGAAUCCUUUACAAAUGCAGUGCUGGCGCCCACCUCUACCGCGGUUGCAGACGGAUGGCCAGAUGCUAUAUAUGAGAGUGCUCAGGAUGGGGAUGGUUGCUCCCACGCGAACAUCGACCAGAUGGCGAGCUCUCCAGGCUUGCAAGACGGCGUUGAUGCACAAUAUCGGGCCAUGAACGCCAGCUUACGGAAAAGAGCAGAAGAGGCAGAGCUUCUGCAAAGCAGAUUGCGCGAUGCCCUCCAGUGUUUGGUUAACAGUCGGCAAAACGAGCCGACCAGCAAAAGAGAGACGACAACUCGAGAGAUUUAG